AUGGCAUUCGAGGAGCUUCUGGUCAGGGCUGGGGGUGCGGGCCUCUUCCAGGUCCUGCAGAUAUGCACCUUGCUCCUCUCCGCCGUCUUGAUACCUUUUCACAUGAUUCUGGAGAAUUUCUCGGCUGCUGUCCCUGACCACCGCUGCUGGACCCCUGUGCUGGACAACAGCUCUGAGGUGCCCGCCAACCUGACCCGCGAGGCCCUCCUGGCCAUCUCCAUCCCACCCGGCCCCGACCUGCAGCCUCACCGGUGCCGCCGCUUCCGCCACCCACAGUGGCAGUUCCUGGACCCCAAUGCCACAGCUGCCAACGGGAGUGAGGCUGCCACAGAGCCAUGUGUGGACGGUUGGGUCUAUGACCACAGCACCUUCACAGCCACAGUUGUGACCAGGUGGGACCUGGUGUGCAGCUCCCAGAGCCUGAAGCCCCUGGGCCAGUCCAUCUUCAUGGCUGGGAUCCUGGCAGGAGCCUUUGUCUGGGGCUUUCUCUCCUACAGGCUGGGGCGGAAGCCAAUGCUGAGCUGGUGCUACCUGCAAGUGGCUGUGGCUGGUACUGGCGCCAUCUUGGCUCCCAGCUUCUUCAUCUACUGUGGCCUUCGGUUCCUGAGUGCCUUUGGGCUGGCUGGCACUCUACUGGCCCAGUCUACACUGAUGGCUGAGUGGACCACAACCCGCAGGAGGGCUGUUACCAUGGCGAUCUUGGGCUGCAGUUACAGCACAGGCCAGAUGGCCUUGGCAGGCCUGGCCUAUGCCUUGCGGGACUGGCGAAACCUCCAGCUGGCUGUGUCCGUCCCCUUCUUGGCCACAUUCCUGCUGUCCUGGUGGCUGCCAGAAUCUGCCCGAUGGCUGAUUACUACAGGCCAACCAGAGAAAGCACUUGGGGAACUCCAGAAGGUAGCCCGGAUAAAUGGCCACAAGGAAGCCAAGGAGACACUGACCAUAGAGGUGCUGAAAUCCUGCAUGGCUGGGGAGGUAACCGAGACUCGGGGAUCUGUGCUGGACCUGUUCCGUGUGCCUAUGCUCGCCCAAAGAACCUGUGUCAUGGUGGUGGUGAACUUCUCCCUAAUGUUGUCCUACUAUGGCCUGGUCCUGGACCUGCAAAGCCUGGGCAGGAACAUCUUCCUCUUGCAGACCCUCUUUGGCGCUGUGGACUUCCUGGGCCGCGCCACAACCGUCCUAUUGCUCAGAUUCCUGGGCCGCCGUGUGACGCUGGUGGGCUUCCUGGCCCUGGCGGGGUCCUGCAUAUUAGGCAAUGUGCUGGUGCCACAAGACCUGCAGACCCUGCGUGUGGCCCUGGCUGUCCUGGGGAAAGGGUGUUUUGGGAUCUGCUUGACUUCUCUGGCUGUGUACACGACAGAGCUCUUCCCGACACCGCUGAGAAUGACAGCAGAUGGCUUCCUGCAGUCUGUGGGCCGCCUAGGGGCUAUAGCAGGCCCCUUGAUUAAGAUGACCGGCCAGGUCCUGCCCCUGAUGCCACCACUCACCUAUGGAGCUUUGCCCAUUGCCUCUAGCCUGGUCCUCCUGCUCUCCCUCCCAGAGACCAAGGGAAUUCCACUCCCAGACACGAUCCGGGACUUGGAGGGCAGGUGCCCAUUUGAGCCUGGAGAGGAGGUGCCAAUGGUGGAGCCCCAGGAGCUGGUGCAGGCAGCUAGCUCCCUCUCCCUGGACCCCCUCCUUGGGCCACUGCCACAUCAGGUUAGCCACCUUGACAUCUGCUUGGACUUUUACUGCUGCUGCCACCACCACACAUUCUCAGCACCUAGCUACACACAAAAGCCGCAGCUGCCCUCAGCCAGGCUGUGCACUGCCUACUUUCUUUUCCUGUCUGUGCUGCACACCCCCAGCCAGCCUCACACUGUGCUGUUGUCAUCAGCAGAUCUGCUGCCUUCAGAGGGCAGUGCAAGGCUCACUGCAGUGGGCGAUGCAGGGGUUGACCUUAAGGGGACAGUACAGGGAUUUCUUGAACAGUUCAUGGCUAGCCUGCAAGAGGCAGGGCAGGACUCACAUGCAGAAGGCCCACCAGGGCUGGGCCUGGAGGGGCAGUACUGGGCUCACCUGCAGGGGGCAGUGCAUAGCUCACUGGUGCAAUUGAAGGCAUUAGCAACUCUGGUCCGUUCAGCUGUUGCUGUGGAGCUCACGAGCCCAGAGAAUUCUUUUUAA